AUGCCCAACAACGUUUCAACCGUGCCAGCUCAAGGUAUGAACAAGAACCAUACUGCUAUCCCAUCGUCACUUCUUACAGCUCUUUCUAAGCAACAGGAUAAGCUUUAUAUAUUACAUUUGGAGAAAGAUUUGAUUAAAUUUAUCAAGAAUUCUGUAUUGGGGAAUAUCAAACAACCCGAAUAUAUCAUUCAAGCCCAAUACUUGAAGAAUAGCUACUACAGAUUAUUGAGUCAUCAAUUAUGUCAAUAUUACAAUUUACAACAUUGGAACAACACUUUUAAUGAAAUAAUUGUCACACCAAUUCCAAAUUUUGAUUAUCAACAGUUUAUAAAGGCUAUCGAAAGCUCAGAUAACAACGAAGGAGGUGAGUUUGUCAAAAUUGUCAGUGUUGCCCAUAAAUAUAAAUCAGAAAAUACAGCCACCACCACCAACAACAACACAAACACCGACGCCCCAGAACAGCCAAACAAACCAGCACCAAUAAAGAAACUAAUGGUUAGAAAAAUUAUUAAUAAACCUGUGAGUGAUCCAACCCCAGGGCAAGCUCCAGGUACACCAGAAAGUGAGGUUAGUGAUCUAACGAAAGAAUUAGAUGAAAGUAAAUUGAUACUGGAAGACACAGGUCUGAGCACACCGAUUUCUGAAUCUUCAGAGAACACUACUAAUAAUAUCGAGUCUCAAAGGGCGUCCAAAGAAGCACUUUACAUGAAACUAAGGGAAGAGAUAUUUGAAAACAAUAACGAAGAAGAAGAGGAGGAGGAGGAGGAAGAGGAGGACGGCGAUUAUGGUACAACCGAUUCUCAAGAAAGUAACAAUCGAAGUUACAAAACUCACAACAAUUUCAUCAAAGGACGAAAUCACGGUAAUUACAGUGGUUACAAGACUACCCCAUAUCAACAACAACAACUACAACACCAACCACCAAUGUAUAACACUAUACCGAUGCCCGUUCCAUAUCAAUUCAGUCCUAAUUCACAAGGGCCACCAAUUCCAGGGAUGAUUUACAGUCCAUAUUAUCAACCAAUGAUGUAUGGAUAUGCACCAAACUAUCCUGGAGCCCCCACCAACAAUAAUAAUGUUGUACCAGCUCCCAAAUACGACAAGGAAACAGAGAGAAGAAUAUUGAACAAUCCGUACAUAAUAUUACCCAAUGAUACUAAAAAUGGUAAAAAUAAUAAUUAUAGUAACAAACAUACUAAGCAUAAAAAACAAUUUACCAAUUCUAAUAUAUAA